AUGGAGAGCCCACACGAGCAUCAACAGAGUUUACUACUCUCCCGAAUCAUCACCAACAUUGAAAAACUCAAUGAAGCAGUCAUGGUCUUGAACAAGAGUCUUCAGGAAGUCAAUGUCCAAAACAUGAACGUCGAAUUGGUGGCGCAAAUGUUCAAGAACUACCAGUCCAAUGUCUUGUUUCACCUUGAAGCAACGGACAAUAUCAAAGACCCUGCUUGA